AUGGAUGAUCUUAAUGAUAAAAAACAGGCCAUCAUGGAUGACCUUGAAGCUGCCAAUGACCUUACUGAUGCUGCUGAGGACCUCUACGCUCAGUUCAACUUUAAGAAAGCACUUGAUUAUUAUCACAACGGGCUUGAGAUCCUGAUGAGCAUCAAGAAAAGAACCAAGGAUGAUAAGAAAUUCAACUCAAAAAUGAGAAAGAGGAUCGAAGAGGUCCUUACAAGAGCAGAGACUUGUAAAAAGCAAAUCAAAAUGGCUAAGAAGGGUAAGAAGAAAGCAGGCAUUAUUGAUCUUGAAGAGGACACUAGGCUAGUUGACCAUUUUAACCAAAUGGCAUUUGGAGGUGGAGGUAUGACCGAAGCUGAAAGACAAGAGAAGGAAGCCAUGACUUCUAUCCAUAGUAUUUACAACUCUAGAGGUUUCUCAAAGCCCGACAAGCCUGGUACUACUAAAGAUACUGAGGAUGAGAUUGAAGAAGCAAAGACUUCAAAGAAGAAAAAGAAGUAUAAAAUAAACUCAGAUUUAAUGGAGCAAUUAGAAGAAAAUAUUAUUCCUUCCGGACAAUCUGGAGUGACUUGGGAUGAUAUCAAAGGACUUUCUGACGUUAAGAAAACAUUGCAAGAGACUAUUAUUUAUCCACAAAAACGUCCAGACCUCUUUGAGGGAAUCAGAGCACCUGCCAAAGGCAUCCUUUUCUAUGGACCUCCUGGAAAUGGAAAAACAAUGUUAGCAAAAGCAGUUGCCUCUGAGUGAGACUGUACUUUCAUCAACAUUAGUGCAGCAUCUUUGAUGUCAAGAUAUCUUGGUGAAGGUGAGAAAUUGAUGAGAGGGCUUUUCCAAAUAGCAGCAGAUAGAGCACCUUCAGUUAUCUUCUUUGAUGAAAUAGAUUCCUUGCUCGGCUCAAGAUCAUCUAGUGAGCAUGAAGCAAGCAGAAGGAUGAAAACAGAAUUUUUGGUACAGCUUGAUGGAGUUGGCUCAAGUACUGAAAGUAUCCUUGUUUUGGCAGCAACUAAUCGUCCCUUUGAUCUAGAUUCAGCUGCUUUGAGAAGACUUCCAAAGAGAAUCCUGAUCGGGCUUCCUGACGAAGAGGUUAUUGAGUCAAUGCUUCGUAAUUAUAUGCAAAAGAUAGACUGUGAUUUCGAGAAUGAUGAUUCUCAAAUAGAAGAGAUUGCAGAUAUGCUAAAUGGUCUCAGUGCAGGAGACAUCAAAUCUGUGAUCCAAUCAGCAGCUAUGGCCCCUAUCAAUGAGAUAGAAGGUGAUAAGUUCAUGUCAGUUAAAAAGGAAGACUUAAGACAACUAACCAUUGAUGAUUUUAAACAAGCCUUUGAGGAAUUCAUCCCAUCUUAUGACGCUCUUGCUUCAUUCAAAGAGUAUCAAAAAUGGGGCAGAGAAGCUGAAAAAUAG